CAGGUAUUCGGGGAGGAUAAAUGAUGCUUUUGCCAUGGGAUGACUCGUGUUCUACAAUUUGAGCCAAUUCGCAAUGAAUGGAACAGGUGCUCGAGUGGUUGGCUGACAUUUCUCCAGCGCGACAUGAUGACGAGUGGACGGACACAUCAUGCCUGUAAAGGUACCAGCGUACGCUAGGACAUCACCCCGCAUAUGUACUCUGGUCGUGGUUACUAUUCUUCGUACUUCUACCCACUGGCCAAGACGCUCAGAUGCACUAACAUCCGGACAUGCAUCUUCCAAAUCGGACGCUGUUGCGGGGUUACGAGGCGCGCUGGGCCGUCAUGAUCUCAUCGUAUCCGGAAUAUCCAGAUAUACUUUGUUGAGAAACAAUGAAGAAAGCCAGAGUUGUCUGGUUCACAUUCCAUUUACAGAUGCCAAGCCGGAAACGCAAUAAGCGACAGUGAUCUGAGAUUAUAAUGAUAGGAUGGAAUCUGUCCGAAGGCACCGUCAAUAU